AUGGCAAAUAAGUGGAACUCUGAAACAACUUUAAAAUUUAUUCAAGAAUAUAAGAGUCAUUUGUGCUUGUGGGACUUUAAAUUCGAAAAUUACAAAAACAGGCAAAUGAGAGAAGCAGCUAUAUUAACAAUUAUAAAAGUCAUGGAUAUAGAAGGUUUUGGUGUUGAUUCCAAGAAAUCUGGUACUGGAGUAAGCAGUUUAUACGAAUCAAACAUAAAGUGGUUGAAAGAGUUGGAACCAGUUUUCAGGAAUGAAGAGAAGAGAGACACCUAUGAUAAUAAUGAAGAGAGCUCAUUAGAAAGUCAAGAUCAACUGUCAGCAAGCCGAAAUAUACAAGAGCAUCCACCACCCAACAAAAAAAAGUGUCAAGAUACUGUGACCAACCAACAAGUCAGUUCUGCAGGAUGUACAGAAUCUUCUCGACGAACUACAAAAAAAGAGAUAUUUCGCGCUAUUUCAGAUUUAAAAGCUUUGAACGAAAGCGUCUUAGAACCCGUUGAAGACGCACAUGAUGUAUUUGGUAAAAGCGUUGCUAUGCAAUUAAAGGAAUUUUCUGAAGAAAACGCGCUACUUGCUAAAUGCAAAAUACAAAUUAUUUUAACUGAAAUUGGCAUAAAAAAUUUGCAACAAAAACGUCAUAAUACUGUAUCCAGCUUGGUUGGAUCACGGCCUGAGUCAUCUAUUUCGUCAUGCAGUUACAUAUCAGUUCCAUCUAUUUCUCCUGGAUAUUACUGUCAAACUUCAACAUCAUCAAAUCAUGGAGAAAUAGAUACUCAUGGAAUUAAUGACGUUACUACGUUAAAUAACAGUUCAGAAAGCAACAUAUUGUCUGCAGCACUACGGGCAACCUUUAACACUGAAAAUACUACCGAUUAUCACUAAUUUACAUAAAAAGUAUUAUGGACUUGUAAGUUUUUGUAGAAUAAACUAGUACAACCUGAA